GUCAAGGCUAAGUAUGGUAUUGUAGAUAACGAUAUCUAUAACUUCGACGAGACGGGGUUCAUAAUGGGUAUCAUCUUCGCGGGUAUGGUGGUUAUAACCUCGGAUGGCUGUAGCAAGGUAAAGCUGGCUCAGCCCGGCAACCGCGAAUAG